GAAGUUCAUCUUUGAAAUCUCCCGUUCUAACACGGCCACUUUUGGUCAGCAACGCGUAAUUAUAUUCACGAAAAUUCCUUCUCUUCUUCCCGCCGCUCCAUUUUUUCUUUUCUUUCUCUCUAAUGAGAUUGAGAUUCGUAAAUCUGAAACGCCAAGUGGGUUAGUCAAAAACCUUGCUCUCUGCUUUUGUCCAUGGCGAAGAAGAACAGUAAUUCCAAGAAGCAAGCUUACAUUUCGGUUCCAUCUCAAAUCAUUAACUCUUUAUCUUCAUCUUCGCUUCAAUCCCUUCUCGAUUCGCCUAAGAAAUCUUCUAAAAACUACAAUAAAUUUCUUAGUCUUUCCACUUACAGAAGCUCCAAUAAGCUAUGGCUUCUUGCUAUUUUUCUCUUUGGUCUUUUCGGGAUGUUGAAGCUUACUUUUAAUCCCAACCCUUUAAUCCCUUAUGUGUCCUACCCUUGUUUCACGUCUCAAUGGCAAUCGCAGGGUUUAGUCUCAAAUGGGGUUUUGAAAUCAGGUUUAAUCGAUAGAGAUAGAGAAAAUGCUUUGAAGGACGAGGUUACGAGUGACUCUUUCCAAUCGCUACGCCCGAUUUCAACUGGGGUUUUGAAAUCGGAUGAGGGUAACGAACAGGGAGAGUUCUGGAAACAACCUGAUGGAUUGGGGUAUAAACCGUGCUUAGAUUUCAGCGAAGAAUAUAAAAAAUCAACCACUGGAAUCGUUAGUGAGAGGACUAAGUAUUUGAUGGUGGUGGUUUCUGGUGGGAUGAAUCAACAGAGAAAUCAGAUCGUUGAUGCUGUUGUGAUUGCUAGAAUCCUUGGGGCUGCUUUGGUUGUUCCAAUCUUGCAAGUGAACGUUAUCUGGGGGGAUGAAAGUGAGUUUUCUGAUAUAUUUGAUUUGGAGCAUUUCAAGAAUGUUCUGGCGGAUGACGUUCAUAUAGUGUCAUCUUUGCCAUCUACGCAUCUGAUGACUCGGCCAGUGGAGGAAAAAUCGCCUCCCCAUCACGUCUCGCCGAGUUGGAUUCGGUCGCGUUACCUCAGGAAGCUUAGAAGAGAAGGGGUGCUCCUGCUGCGUGGCUUGGACUCAAGGCUUUCUAAGGAUCUUCCUUCUGACCUUCAAAAGCUCAGAUGCAAGGUUGCUUUUCAUGCUUUGAGGUUUGCUCCACCAAUUGUGGAACUUGGUAACAAGCUCACUGAGAGAAUGCGGAGCAAAGGACCGUACCUUGCUCUUCAUUUACGAAUGGAGAAGGACGUAUGGGUGAGAACUGGUUGUCUACCUGGGUUGAGCCCUGAAUAUGAUGAGAUGAUAAACAACGAAAGAAUUCGAAGACCUGAACUCUUAACUGCUAGAUCAAACAUGAGCUACCACGAUAGGAAACUGGCAGGCCUUUGUCCCCUAAAUGCCUAUGAGGUUAUGAGGUUACUGAAAGCUCUCGGAGCUCCGGGGGACACAAGAAUAUACUGGGCUGGAGGACAACCACUAGGAGGAAAAGAAGCCCUGCAACCAUUAACAGGGGAGUUCCCAAAUUUCUAUAACAAGGAAGAUCUUGCUUUACCAAGUGAACUCGAGCCUUUUGCCAAAAAAGCUUCCAUUAUGGCUGCUAUUGACUAUAUUGUUUGUGAGAGUAGUGAUGUUUUCAUGCCUUCUCAUGGAGGAAAUAUGGGUCAUGCCAUUCAGGGACAUAGGGCUUAUGCUGGACAUAAAAAGUACAUAACACCAAACAAACGGCACAUGCUUCCCCUUUUCUUGGAUUCCUCACUUCCUGAAGCAGAGUUCAACAAGAUCAUCAGGGAGCUGCAUCAGGAUUCCCUCGGACAGCCCGAACUUCGAACCAGCAAAGUCGGACGAGACGUUACCAAGUACCCUAUUCCUGAAUGCAUGUGCAACAACAGCUCUGAUGCUCAUACCAUAUAAUGAGUUGAACAACUUACCAGUGGUGCCAACGUAGCAAAAAGCCUCAAUGAACCAAAAGUCUAAAUUGAUAAAACUUUGGAGAUCCCAACUUGAUCAAUGAAUUCGAGCCUCUUUAGAACCAAAAGUUGGCGUUGUCUCGGGGCAACGAAGUUCUGCGGGAAGAACAUUACGAAAGAGUUACUGCAGGCAGCAAUAAAAUCAAAUAUGCAGUAGUAAUCUGAAGAAAUGCAGCCUAGGUAAUGUGUAAAUGAGUGAGAAAGAUGCCAUUAUAUAUAUAAAAUUUAUAUUAUAAGAGAAAUAAAAGGAACAGCACAACAUUGUAUAAUUCUUUGAUUCUUUACAGAAUAAGUUCUUGUAGUUAAAUAUUUUAUUGUAAAGACCAUUUUUUUUGUAAGAAAAAUGAAAAGAUUCAUUCAUGUAAAGAUUUCUUUCAUCUACAAAUAUUCCUUUCUCUUGAUGCAA